GGAAUCCUCGUGAUUCUGUGUGGAAGCAAAGAUGAGAAGUACAAGGCUCAAAACUUCAAGAAAUCCUAUGAUGACGAUGGCGUUCGUCUGUUCAAGGUAGAAGGUACCAAGCUGGGUGUGGACAUGCGAGUCACCCAGAUCGAGGAGUCGGCCAACUUACUGGAGGAUGACGACAUUUUUGUACUAGAAACACCAAGUGCUGUUUACGUAUGGAGUGGAAAGGGAUCAAGUGAGCAAGAGCAAGAAGCGGCCAAAGAAUUCGUAGCAUCACUGGUCGGUGAUGACAGGGAGGUGAUAGAGGUCAACCAGGGGGACGAAGCUGAGGAGUUCUGGGAGGUGUUAGGAGGGCCUCCAGAAGGAAAAGAAUUACCAUCCGGAUGGAAAGUCAACGCAAACCGUCGAGUGACCACUCCCUUAUCGCUGACCGCGGUGGCGGUGCGUCCGUCCGGGAAGAUUAAAUUCGAGGAGUUACCACCUGGAUUCACUCAGAAGGAUCUUUCUGACGACGGAGCGUACAUCCUGGACGGUGGUGAAGAGCUAUAUCUUUGGCUCGGAAAGAACAUUUCAGAACGUCUCAAAGCUGCCAGACUCAGAAUUAUUGGGGAGUAUAUUGAAGACGAUGGCCUGGAGAGGACUGUCGACUCAGCAAUCGUGGUGACCCUGAAGCAAGGGAAGGAACCAGCUAUCUUCAAACAGCUGUUCCCUGGAUGGGAAGAUGAUAUGUGGGAUAAUCAAGCCUCAUACGAAGAUAUCAAGAACGAGACAACAGCAGCCAACUCUUAGUAAAGUGUAAAAUCAAACAAAAUUCAAUAAAAUAUUAAUUUAUUGUACA